AUGGCCCGCCUCGCCACCCUCGCCCUGCUCCUCCUCUCCCUCGUGUCCGUCGCAAGCUGCCGCGACCUUGAGGCCAUCUCCGACGACCAGGGCCCGCCCGUCCCCGUCCUCCUCACUCGAGAUGAUCAGGCGGAUGCUGCUGCUGAGGUGACGACCCUUCCGAGCUUCCCGGGCCCGGCCGUCGCAUGGGACGAGGACGAGCUCCCCUCCCACCGCGGUCACCUCUGGUUGGCGCGCCGUCACGGCUUCUUCCACCGCCCCGGCGCGUUCUCCGGCCUGGGCGAGGCCCGCGUCCAACCUGCGGUCUUCUUCCCCACCGAGCUUGAUCGCGGCGAAGAGCAAGCACCCUGGAAGGCGGUGCUGGAGGCGGUUGCGGAGCCUUACCACGACUCACGCGCAGCCACCGACGGCGAGCAAAAGCCGUUUCAUGCCAAGGAGGAGGGACAGGAGAACGAGGCAGUGAAGAUGGCGAGGAGGUUCGGUCACUGCGUCGGCCUCCCCCACCGCCACCACCACGACCAGGAAGAGAAGGACAAACGACAACCACGGGCAGGACAAGGAUGA